UAACCAGACUGAGUGUACUAUUGACGUCAACAAACAUUAGAAUAAGAAAACUGAAUUUACAGAUCAAUAUGGAUGUAGUUUCAAAAGGGGAUUCAAAAUGUGAUAUUUAAACGAAUUUAUGGAUUUGUCAAAAAUGUUCUUGCUGCCUUUACUUGCAGGGAUUUUACUUGUCCUACAGGGACCCGGAGGUCGGGUUCUAGGGGCAAGAAACAGUGUUGCAGCAAAAGAACUAAAGAACUAUAUGGAUUACCUGGAUGAACUUAAUGAACUUAGUCUAUUCAAGAGAAUUUUAGCAACACAAAACAAACGACAAAAUGAACAGUAUCAAGCACCAUCCCCUCGUGUAGAUUAUUCUGAUAAAGCAGGAGACAGUUAUUUAGAGAAUAAAGCAUUAGAAGGUGGAAUAAACUUUGCUGCAGGUGACAAUGUACCGGAAACAAACUUAGAUGUAGACACAAAAGAUUCACAGACUAAAGGUACGACGGGUACAUCCAAACCCAGCAGUACUAAUAAAGCUGAUCCCACUCAUGAUCCUCCUAGCCCACCUGAGAAAUUAACAGCAGAGAAAUCUGGCUCUAUAGACGCAAUCAGCAAGAGAGAUUUUGUAUUUUUGACUGUGGUAUCUGCCUGCAGUGUGGCUGGUCUGGUCGGGCUUAUCAUGGCUGGGGUUUGCUGGUACAAGCUCCACAAGAGAGUUAAAGCAGCCGGUGAUGUAGACUACCCAGCAUAUGGUGUGACGGGUCCGACAAAGGAGCGUCUACCUUCCCCGGGCGAUCGCAAGUUAGCUCAGAGUGCACAGAUGUAUCAUUAUCAGCACCAGAAGCAGCAAAUGAUCGCCAUGGAAAAGGCUAAUGGUGAGAUGAAACAUGAUGCGUCUGAUGAUGAGUCAGAGGAGGAAAAUGAAGAGGGAGAUUAUACUGUUUAUGAAUGUCCCGGGCUUGCUCCCACGGGUGAGAUGGAGGUACGAAAUCCAUUAUUCACAGAAGAUGCACAGACUCCAGUGAAUGGUCAGUCGACGACGGUCAAUGGUUUACCUGAUGACCAUGAACAAAAGUAAACUGCAUCAUGCCUACGGCAAUCCAUCAUUUCUUAAAUUUUACUGCAUUUCUGAAGAAUAGUGUGUUCCAAGAUACAUCUGCCCAAAAAUUCUUAUUUUGAGAGGGAAAAUAUAGCAGAUGGCUUCUUUGUAUUUUCUAGAUACUAGGUUUACAUAAUUUUUGAAAAAUUAUAAAAGAUAAUCAAUAGAAUGUCUUACUUUAAGGAAAUUGUUUUGGUGGGGGUUUUCUGGCCGGAAAUCUUUUUUGUUGUGUUUCUUUUAAGCUGAGAUAACAGUAUCUUGAAGAAAUUGAAAUAUAAUUUUAUGCUAUUAAAUGUGAAAUAAUUCAAAAAGCUCAUAACUACAGUGUCUCUACAUAUGAUGUUUUAGAUAUUAAAAUGCCUGCUGGUAUGGUUUGAUUUUAGAAUUUAGUCUCAAAAUGGGAAAUUUUGUUUAGAAGUAUGCUUUAAAGCAUUAUGAGACUGAACAGGAUCUUCCGAAACAUAAAACAGGAUCAUCCGAAACACAAAACAGGAUCAUCCGAAACACAAAACAGUUCUGUCUUAGUGAUCGUAAAAGUUUCACGCACACACAUCAUAUAUAUAACUUAUUAGGUCUGUAAACUGCUCCACUGUUACUUGAAGUUGUUCAGGAUAUAUUAUAUAUUUAUAUGCUUGUUGCUAAAACUGUUGAAAAUGUUAUUAUUAUAUUUUAAACAAAGACAAGCAUCUUUGUACCUUGAUUGGUUUCAUGUAUUUUAAUCUUUGAUCACAUUGAAUCUAGUACUGGCACUGUUUUUAAUUUAGACUCUGUUAAAUUGUUAUCAGAUUACACAAUAUAAAGUAUUUUCUUAAAAUAUUACCUAAGCGAUAGACAAAUGUGUUUAAACAUUUUCUCAAACAUGCACACAUCUUGAAUCUCUGGAUAGUUCAUCAUAUCUUCAUCUUGUCUGGUACUUCGGUGUUUAUCUAGUGUAGUAUAUUUUGUUUCAUGAUGUCCAGUGAUAGUUACCAUAAAAGUCUUAACUGUUUCAGAAAUCUCUAUAAUUGUUAAAAGAAAAUUAUUUAUUACAAUGGCAUUUACAUGAAAAUGAAAUAACAAUAAUGUUGUUACUGUAAAAAUUGUAUUUAUAUUUGAUCUUUGACUUUAAGGAAGGGUACCUAGUUGGAAGUUCCCUAAAAUUUUGAAAAAUCCUCCUUUUUGUACAAUUUAUCAGUUUCAUGAAAACAGAAGCUAUUAUUUUUUGUUGAUAUUUUAUUUCCUUUUUAUCAAACUAUAAAUAUGAUACAUGUAUGUCAUAAAAAGUGAUUUUUUUCAGAAACUACCGUUUUCAUUGCUAUCAUUCAUUCAACAUCAUUUAGUAUUAAAUUUCAUUAAAAGGGAUCAAGAUUUCCAAAAUGCCAAAACUGCCAAAAGUUUGCGCAUAUUUUUUUCAUUAUAAUUUUAAUCACAGUAGAUGUACAAUAUAAAGUUUUACAUAUAUAUCUUUUUUUAUUUAGUUUUGAAUGCUUGAGUCCCUUAAUCAGACAAAAUCAUGACAUUUUUUUCCGUUACAGAUCUGCAUUUGAAAGCCAUCCCAUAAUUUUCUCUUAAAGCUACUCGCCCACAGUUUGGGUGAAAUUUUUCAACAUGUUCAUUUUCACUAAAUUUGGCAUAGAAUGCAUAUAUGAAAAAUGAUGAAGUGGGUGGAAAUAACAGAUAUUGGUAUAAAAGCAAGAAGAAUGCAAAUUUUCUACAUUAUUUUAAAAGCGUUGCAGCAGUUUACUACCUUCUGCACAAUACUUUUAGUUAUUCACUAAUAGAAGAAUAUCUUGUAAAAACCAUAUGUCAAUAAGUUUGUACCACUAGUCACUUUCAGAGAACUCACAUUUUUACGGAUUUUUGAGAGAAAUUAUUUUUUUCACCUAAAAUAUGUGGAUUAGUCCCUUUAAGAAUUAUCAGCAUGUUUAAACCUGUACAUUACUGUUUUAGGCUUUUACUUUAUGUUGGUAGUCAAUACCUUGUUCUUAAUGCAUUUUAAGUGAGAUCAUUAAGUGCUAUACCUUCAUUAAGAAGGUUAUAACUUAUUAUUGUACAUAAUCAAGGGGAAACUUGGUGGAUAUGCCAAGCAUAUACAAAAAGGCUGUAUUAAAAUGGUCAAACUAUAUGGUAUAGUAUUUAUGUUAUUAACAUGUUAAAGAAGGACCUGAGUUGAAAUAAUACCAUUUUAGUCCAUCAAAUGAUUUUCUGCAUGAGGUUUUUUCUUUUCGUAUUUUAAUAAGUAGGCCUUGUCUUAAAAUUUAUUCUGCAGUGUUAGAUUGACAAAAUAGCACCCAUGCAAAAUUUGUACAAGUUGCAGAUAUAAUAAGUUUGUUAUGACAGAGAAUUUACACAAUUUACUAUCAGAAAGAGCUGCUAGAAAGAUUUAAAUUAGUUCAUUAUGCAGAGGUUACCAGUUUAGAGAGGUAAAUUUAGGAGAAAAACAUUGAGUACUUGAUCUUAUAGGAGCGAAAAUACGAGGUAACCCUGUAGGGAGGCCAGUGCUAAAAAAUUGAUCUAGUAGAACUAGAAAGAACAGCUAGCUCUAUUGAGAGGUAAAUUUACUAAGAAAUAGGUCUGGUAGCACUAAAAAUACCAGGUACCUCUGUCCACAGAUAUUCUAGAGGUGUUGUUAACAAAGAAUUCGUACAAAACACAAAUUGUUUUUUAGAAUUUAGUUUUGUUGAUUGUUAAGCACUUCAAUUUAGAAUUUUCCUUGAUGGGAGCAAACAGUGAAGAAAAGUGAUACUUGUUUUCUGUUGUUCAUAUCUGACAAUUGUGUUGUUACAUAAAGGUUGUUAUUUAUUUAUUCAUACCGGUUGCAUUUAAUUUACAGAACUUGUAUUUUUAGCAAGUUAUAUUUCUGGCAUGACUUUAGUAUAUUAGAGUCUUUGUCAUUUAUAAAGCUAUAGAUUUAUAAGGUUAAGGGUCCAAUACUUCUUUUAGUUUAGUUUUCACAGCAAUGUACACUACUUUAGUAAUUAGUUAUCUGUUACUCAUAUAUUUGUAGUUUUACUGCAAGUCUGACAUACAGUGAAAUCAUUAGAUUUUGUUGGCAUAAAGUUUUGCUGUUUAUGAAAACAAACAACUAUUUUACAGAGACAUACAGUUUUGGAUUUAAAUUUUUGAAAGAUAUGAUAAAUUGAAAUUUACUUAUUUAUUUGGAUUUUAUGGAUUAACGGAGCUGCAAAGUUGAUGAAAGUUAUGUCCCCUUGCAUAUUCUAAUUUAAUGAUUUCUGAGUAUGCCAUAUAUAUUAUAUUAGCAUAUUUGUUACGACUUUUUUCAUGUUCUCUCCUGUUACUUUACUUUCUAAAGCUACCUCAGUAUUUCAAAAAGAGCAUCUCUGUUUUAACUUUAUCUGUAACACGACUAUUUGUUAAAAAGGUUACGGAACAGACAAAAGCAGAUAUUUGUUAAAAAGGAUGCAAAACAAAAAAAGCAGCGUUAACUCUUCCUUUUCUUUGCUUUAUUGCUUCUAAGCUUGUUUAAAAAUGGCAACACUGUUAACAUUUGUCCAUAGAUAGAUAUAUUAAUUCUGUUUUUAAUACAAAACAUUAUCAUAAAAAUAUAACAAUGUUUUUUACUGUUUUCUUUCUGCCUGUGCAAUAGCCUAACUCUGAAACUCUUCAUCCAUAGUUCACAUUUGUCAUUUGUUAACAUCAUUGUGGGUGGGUAAAGUAUCUCGUUUAUAUAUUAAAAAAUAUUCGGUUGCUAAGGAUAUCUUUUUUUUUAAGUUAAUUGUUUGUUUUGGCUUCCUUUCUUGGUAAAUGAUCCUUGAAUCUAAAGAAAUAUCACUAUUCUGCAAUAUUUGCAUAUAAAAAAUUAGCUGCUAUACAUAUGAAAAUGAAAAUUAUCUCUUUCCUAAGAGUGCAUAUAUGUCAUUGGCUUUUUAGAAAUGGCCGAAUUGAAAUGUAUUAUCAUUGAUAUUUAGUUAAGGUCUUGCAAAGAAAAAAUUCAUUCUUGGUUCAUAUGCUAAAAGAUUUUUUAAAAUUUCUUUAUAUUUUAAGAUUUCCUUAGCAUCUGAUCAGCUGAUUUUACAUAGUGACUAUUUUUGGUAUCUUAGUCACAAAGUUUUAGCCCGUAUAUGGUUUUGUUUCAUGUUGACUGUAUUUGUUUCAGAGAAAUGAGCCGCGGAAUGAGAAAACCAACAUAGUACCUUUGCGACCAGCAUGGAUCCAGACCAGCCUGCGCAUCUGCACAGUCUGGUCAAGAUCGAUCCUGUUCGCUUUCUGGUUUUCUCAUGGCGCGGCUCAAAUUAUUUUCCACAUUUUGGAUGUAUCAUUUGAGAAAAAGACACCAUCUUAGCUUUAAGUAACAGGCUUGUUUAAGGUUUGAUAUCAGUUGGCAAUACUUUUGUACUUUUUUAUUGGAAAAACAACUUUGGGUUACCAAAACGGAAAUUAUGUAGUUUAGUGCAACUUGUGAUUGUUAUACUGAAAAAAUUACAAAAUUAUAUAAACUGUUGAUAUUGUUCUAAUUUUGUCAAUGUGAAAUAAAACUGUUGUUAGUAAAA